AUGUCUUCAACAAAUUCUACGAAAUCGACUUUAUCAAAAGCUGAAAUUCAAGGUGUAGUAACAUCAAAUGAUCCAUCGAUUUCAUUUAAAAAACCAACAGGUGUAAGAAGUGAAUUUUGGACAAAUUACUCUCAAGUUUAUCAUAAAAAUAUUGUUCAAGAUUAUAUUAUAUGCUUACAACGUAGAGCCGUAUUGAAAUGGAUAAGUGAAAAUGGAAUAAUAGUAAUGAGUCAUCAUAAUUGCUUAAAAAAUAAACCUGUUACGACGACUCCAUCUCGACAACGAACAAUAUCAUCUUAUUGUCAAUAA